UUCAUCAUUCAACAUAAAUAAGGGAUCAUGGCUUUCACCUGGAUUCACCUGGUCAGUCUAUGUCACGGAAAGAACAGGUGUUUGAAUCAACACACGUAUGACACGCCUGGUUGGUUGCAUAUUAACUAGAACGACUUCUGAAGAACUGUAAAGUGUAAUUUGGAACUGUUAUGAAUGCCUUGGGCAUGACUAGUCUACGAUAUCACUUAUCAUAGAGAGGGUUUGUUAUACUAAUCAAUGGGUACUUUUGAAGCAAAUGGGAGGUACCUUCUUCACAAUGUAGCAGGCUAGGGAAGAGAAGAGUUGUGUUAUCGCCGGAACGUAAGUCACAGGAGCAUGGACUUGGCUGUCGCAAUCUACUGCACUUCUCAAUCAUAACAAAGAGUAGCACCUUCAAAUGGCAGCUCACAGUUCAACCACUCUUGGUCAAGACCCAUGUAUUUCAAAGCGGAUCCUGCUUUUACUUGGAGAGAGACUGAGUGGAAAGAGCUCAGUGGGGAACACCAUCUUGGGCAAGAGGGAAUUUGACACAGGGAUUAUGACAAGUCACAGCUCCAAGAGGAAGGGCACUGUUGCAGGAAGACAGGUGACUGUGGUGGACACUCCUGGAUGGUACGUCUGGAGAAGCACCCCUGGCAGAGUGGCACAGGAGCUGGGGCGAGCCCUGUCCCUCUGUUCCCUGGGUCCCCAUGCCAUCCUCCUGGUGGUCUCUGCCAUAGGGGACUUCAGUCAGGGAGAAUGGAGGGCCAUGGAGGAGCACCUGAGGCAGAUCCAGGCCCCUAUCUGGCAGCGAGCUAUAGUGCUCCUCACCCACGGAGCUGAGAUACCAAGAGGAACCUCAGCUGAGGAACACAUCCGAGGGAAGGGCAAGAGUCUCCUGUGGCUUGUGGAGAGGUGUGGGAACAAGUUCCAUGUUCUGGACAGCCACGCCAGGGACAAACAGGUUCAGGUCCAAUUGCUGUUGGAGAAGAUUGAUAGGAUGGUUGAGAUAAAUAGGCGUCCAAGGGAAAUACAGGAGAGGUUGUACACCCAGGUGAGAGAGAGCUUGAGGAUGGGAGGAGGGAAACAGCAGGGAGAGGACAUAGAAAUGCUUGUCAUGCAGGACAUGAGGACAAGGCAGAACCAGCGGGUCACAGCAGUGGUACCCAUAGAGACAUCUAAAUGUAGGCCAGCUGCGUUUGGCCUUGUGCUGCUGGGAAGAAGAUGUUCUGGGAAGAGUUCAGCAGGAAAUACCAUUCUUGGCAGAAGAGAGUUUAGUAGUGGCAAAAGAACAGUCCAUUGUGUGGUGGGACAGGGAGAGGUGGGAGGGAGGACAGUCACGGUGGUGGACACUCCCGGUUGGAGUCUCUACGGUCUGUCCAAACCGAAGCAGGUCAGACUGGAGAUGAGAGGCAGUGCAUCCCUGUGCCCCUAUGGGGUAGUUUGUACAUUCCUCUUGGCCAUACCUGUUGACUCCUUCACAGAGAAAGAUAGGUGUGCUGUGGAGAAAUACCUGAGUGUUUUGGGUGAGGGGGUAUGGAGAAGCACCAUGGUGCUUUUCACCUAUGGUGAUGAGUUAAGAGGCAGAACCAUUGAGGAGCACAUUGAGAAGACUGGAGAACCCCUCCGUGGGCUGCUGGCGAAGUGUUCUCACAGGUACCAUGUCUUAGAUAACAAUAUUAAGGGCGAUCUAACCCAGGUUGUCGAGCUGUUGCAGAUGGUGGAGCAGUUGUAGACACUGGAUCAUUCACCUCUGCGGAUAACACCC